AUGAUAGGAGUGCAUCAUGUAGUUGAGCGAAGCUCCCCGCAUAGUCGUUGCAUUGAGCUCGCGAUGGAUGUGGAAAGCCCAGAGAAGGAGCAGCUGAUUCACACCCCACGAACCUUGGAGCUCGUGACUCGCACCCGUGGAGCCCUUUCCGAAUCGCGUGGCUGGAUUCGCACGAGCACGCAGAAGCUGUUUGGACAUGACUGGAAUCCCAGAUUUGCAGCAAAUGCGGAAGUGGCCUUCCGCGGUGCCCUGUUUCUCCUUCUCUGCAGCAUUCCAGUGAUCAUCCCAGACGGAGUUUCCGAGACACGCGACAUGAUGAUGAAAUAUGGUGUCUACAACAGUAGCGUUUGCGUUUUCAUCGUCUUCAACCUCGGUAAGACCUUUGGAGAAGCCUUUGACAUCGCUAUCUCCGGCAUCAAAGGCACCGUACUUGCAGCCUUCAUGGGCUGGAUCAUGUACACCAUUUCCCCUGGGGGCUACACCGACGAAUCCAUCGACUUUUGGCUGGGGGUUGUCCUUGGUAGCGUCUACGUUUGCGUGGUGAUGCUGCUAAACCUGAACUUGACAUUGCAGAUGUUCGCCAUCUCCAAUUUUGCAGGUACUUGGAUGGUCUUCUUGAACCCCAAAGAAAUCGCCAUUGUCACUCCUCCGUGGGUCGGCGAUUGGUCUCUGCAGACCGACAUCUUGUUGCAGGGCUUGGUCUGUACUGCAAUCGGCUUCGCGACGGUGAUGGCGGCCAUGUUGCUGCCAUAUCCUUUGUGGUCGCUGACGUACGUUCAGGAGAAUCAGCUGGUAAUGAAUCGAAGUAUCUCAAAGGUCCUGCACAUGAUGGUGAACUACUACUCUCAAACUCAGCCAAAUGUUUACCAUAAAGAUGCCGUGCUGCGGAGCUUGCGCGAAGUGCAGUCCAUGACCGAUGACAAUGACCCCCUGAUCCGAGCUGCCUGGUGGGAAUGUUUUGGCAUGGGACGCACGCAGCUGAAACGACAGGUGUUGCAUACCAUGGAUCAGAUGAGCAGUCGGGUUUACGACCUGGCCUUCAAUGCCUGGACGGUGUCAACGGCAUCGGCACAUGAGUACAGGCAUUUGAACGUCAAUUUGAUGCAGAAAGUGAAGCCACAAACGAACGCGCUGUUGGAUGAAAUGGAAAAUUUGCUCCUCAAGCUUGUGCAAGCCAUUUCAGAUGGACAGUUGUCUCCAGAGGAAGGGGCCGAUGUGGCAAGCUCUGUGGCUCAUUUGCGAGCACUGGAAAAGCAGCUGUCUUGGGAGUUCUACGAAUCACGCCGAACCAUUACGUUGAACGACUCGACCAAGAUGUACGAGGAUGUGCGAGUGGCGCAGGUCCUCCAGUGGAGUAUCAGUCGCAUUGCUGGAGAAAUUGCGGAAGUAGCUGAGGGCGUUUGCAAGUUCUCCACAGACACAAAUGCCUUGCCACCUUCACCAGAAAGCGGAGGAAUGUGCGCCAUAUUCGAGGGUCUUCAUGAUAAGGAUCAUUUGCUCUACGCCUGGCGUGGCAUUUCCUCGUUCUUUCUGUGUUUCUUGAUUGGAUACCAUGGCUUCGGAUACAAGGACGACGACCAGGAACGAUACCUCAUCAGCCCUUGGUCCUCGGCGAUCGCGGCGACAGCACCGCUGUUGAUGUCCAUGUACUCAGGCUCUGCAUUGGUCAAUGACUUGAACCGCAUCCAGGGCUUGAUGCUGGGCAAUGUCUUAGCUCGACUCCUGGGAGGCUUUGUCGAUAGCUGCGAUUGGGCCGAUUUGUUGUUUCAUUCCUUGACCACCUUUCUGUGGACCUUUGGUGGUCUCUUUGUCUACUUCCAUUCCCGUACCUUCUCCACCGUUGGUGUCCUUGCGGCAGCCUUUGGAGCUUCUACCUUGUUGGGGGUCUCGUGUGGUCAUCCUGAUGCGAUUGGCAAACGGAGCACUUUUGAUGGUUUGAUGAUGAAUUGUGUGGCUUUCAUGAUUACCAUGCUGAUGGACUCCUUUUUCCACUCCAACCGCGCCUCAGAUUUGGCUUACAGAAAGCUGGAUGCAUGCUACAAUGAGAUCUACCAGUCCUACAAGAGCCUCCUGGAUCCCCAAGAGAAAAAGGUGAUUUUCCGUUCCGCACAAGCGCGGAAGUUGUUGUUUGAAGCAAAACAGAUGAAUGAGGAAGCUGCCCUGGAACCUCGUUUCUGGCGCAUCCGAUGGCACUAUGACCUCUUUCUCAGCGUGUGCAAUGAGAUGGAGAACGUCGUGAUCACCCUGGCCACCCUGGAGUCCGCCAUCGCAGAGAACGGCCGCAGCGGUGAUGAGAAAUUCCCCACCUUUGUGCAGCUGGCGGAAGGUUCCACGAGCAACAACACCUAUUGCAUGUUUGGGGAUGAGAAGUCUGUCAUCCUACUCCUGAAGUUUGCGGGCGUCCGAAAGCUGCUGAAGGUUUUCGUGCACGAGACAGUGCAGCAGUUUGCGGGCUUCUCAGAUGAGGAUUCCACUCAUCAGUUCUUUCAAGAGCAGCAGCGGGUUGAAGAGGAAUUUAUGCGGGACACCGUUCCUAAAUUCUUUGGCUUGGACGACGACCAACCCGAACUUUGCAUGUCGCACGACGAGAUGGCCCACCUCUCGGUGGUCUUCGCAGGCUUAAAACGGACAACCGCACUUCUGAGACGCCCAGCAGUGAGUUUUGGAGCUGGGGACGGCACAGGACCCCCACGCGACUUCGCUGAGGUGCCUCAGGCGAAGCCUCUGGUGAAGCCCCGGCUGAAGGGCACAGCAGAGGUCACCAAGGACUGCAGCGACGAUGAUUGUGUUGGCUACCAGCCUCAACCUGAGGCCGACGUAGUUCCCAAGGAGCCCGAAAGUGAGAAAGUCCAGGAAACGGACCCGCAGCGUCACUCACAGCGACUACCAUGUUUGCAGCUGGCGCUUGCUGCAGCUGUGGUGGGCAUUGCUGCUGGCGUUGCAGCUCUGAAGCUUGUCUAG